UGUUCCUGUGUUGUUCGCAUAUUCUAAUUGCUUAUUUUUCUCCCAAGUUUGUUAAAACAUUGUUUAAUUGUGAGUGUGCAUUGAUAUAAACGAAAUGGCAGCAACUACAAAUGAAUCUACGGAAGAGCGACGUCGCCGGGUGUUACUGGGUCCGCUGCCAGCUGGUUUCCUCAGAGCAGAUGCACCUGCAGACACCGUGGACGCAGAUUACCAAGCUGCGUUGGCCCUCCAACAGCAGUUGUGUGGAGCUACGAUGCCGCCGGCCGGCCCGCCUCUCACAGCUCGGCUGAGCGUCACCAUCGCGCAAGCGAAACUUGUCAAGAAUUAUGGCCUCACCCGCAUGGACCCGUACGUGCGCCUGCGCGUCGGCCACUGUAUAUACGAAACGCAAACGGACCCCAGCGGCGGGAAAACACCCAAAUGGAACAAAAUGAUACAUUGCCUCUUACCUCCAGGCGUAAAUUCCAUCUACCUGGAGAUUUACGACGAAUGCUCGUUCACAAUGGAUGAGCUGAUUGCCUGGACCCACAUCACGAUACCAGCUGCUGUUCUCAAUGGUGAAACUCACGAAGACUGGUAUCCCUUGAACGGGAAACAGGGCGACGGUGUUGAGGGGAUGAUCAAUCUCGUUCUCAGCUAUUCGGUGGGCCCAGCAACAGUAGCAACGUUCCCACCGGUGCUGGUGGUGCCCAGCACGGGCGUGGGCUACGCGACCAUGCCGGUGUACCCUGCGCCCUACCCGCACCCGCAGCAACAGCAGCAGCAGCAACAACAGCAACAGCAGCAACAGAUCACUGAGGAGCAACUGGCGCAGAUCCAAGAGAUGUUCCCGAGCAUCGAUAAGGAUGUUAUAAAAUCCGUAGCUGAAGCGAACCGCGGGAACAAGGAGGCAACUAUUAACUCGCUAUUGCAAAUGUCAGAAUAGAUGUUAUAAUAUAUAUGUUCUGUCUAACGUCUAGUUUAUUGGAAAAAUUAUCAUAGUUAAAAGUUAAUAUUAAUAUUUUCAUCGACAUCAUCACCACAUUAAAAUAGCUUUAAAGAACUAAUCUUAAUCUAUAAAAAGUUCUUCAUAAAAUACCUGAAAUGUAACUUACGUAAAUAAAGUUUAUCAUCUUUGUUCAUUCAUCAUCAUCACAUUGACGUACUAUAAACAUAAAUUAACUAAACUCCCAAUCGUUCUAAAGUUGUUCAAAAAUGUCCUAACAUCGUUGUAUAUGUACAUAUAAAACGUUCAUUCAAAUUAACACCUUAUUUCGUGGCAGUAAUGUUCAAAGUCUAUUGUAUGCGCUCAUUAGAAAACUCUGCCUAAUAGACGCAAAGGCAGAGUAUUGUUUAGGACAAUUUUCAAGCGCGAUUGUGAUUUUAGUUGUAUAUUGUACGUCAAUGCAUCACCAUAAUUAUUGAUAUCACCAUCAUCAACGAAAUCAUUAAAAAUAAAUAUAAUUAAUCAUAAAAAUGCCAUCUUUAUGUGUUUUUGCUCCCAUUGAAGAGACACUUGCCUUCUAUAAAAUUGCCAUAUGUAAAAUUAUGUUU